AUGGGUAGAAUACGCCGCUACCUCAUAACCAGAGUGACGGAAUUGCUUCCAGGCAAAAAGUUAUCGCGCGAACGAUUCCGUCACGAGAUGGAUCCGCGGCGUACUCUUUCUACUGUGAAGCCAAAAACUUGGUUAUUUGUUGCAAGUGCUUUCUUCGCACUAUUAGUGGAAGCAACAGAUUUUUUUAUCGUUUCGUUAAAUGUUGUAAAGAUUGCAGAAGACCUAAAUGUCAACGACGAAAAAGUAACCUGGGGGAUGACAAUCGCCCUUAUGACACGCACAAUUGGUGCAGUAUUAUAUGGGUAUAUCGGUGACCAAUUUGGUCAGAAGGCAUCAUUCAUGAUUAACAUUGGCAUGAUCUCGAUACUUCAGUUACUCACUGGGUUUGCGACAACGUUUCCAUAUUUCAUUGCAUGCAGAGCAUAUUUUGGGGUCGAAUUAGGGGGUUGUUUUGGAACCGCCACGACACAAUGCCUUGAUGAUCUUCCGGAAAAUGCCCGUAGUUGGGUAUCUGGCGGUUUUCAGCAGGCAUAUAGCUUGGGUUUUUUGGUGGCGACAAUUUUAACCAGGGUUCUAGCUGACACAACUGAAAAACGCUGGAGAACUUGUUUCUGGUUCCUUUCUGGUUUAAGUUUUCUAUCUCUAUUAUUUCGUGCUUCUCUAGGAGAAACGGAUGCAUUCCUGGCACGUAAGCUGAUGCAGCAGGAAGGUGAGCUUCAUAAAAGGCACGUUAGUACUUAUUCUCAAAUUUGGAACUCUCUGUGGAAUGAACGGUACAUUGUCAUCUACAUGAUAUUGCUUAUGACGGGUUAUAAUUACUUUUCUCAUGCGUCUCAAGAUCUCUUUCCAACCAUGCUCAUUAAACAACUUGGUUAUUCUCCCAAUCAGUCAGCCGUCACAAAUUGUGCAGCCAACGUUGGUGCUAUAAUAGGUGGACUUUUCAUUUCACGUUUUUCCAGCAUAAGCUCUAGAAGAGUUGUUAUCCUCGUGUGUAUUUUGUUGGCUGCCUGUCUUGUUUAUCCGUGGGGAUUUGUACAUGAUAGAAGUAUUAUAGUGUCCGUGUUCUUCCUACAGUUUUUUGUUCAAGGAGCAUGGGGCCUUGUCCCACAUCAUUUACACUGCUUAGCUCCAAACUCAGACACGAAAACCUUUUUCGUGGGCGUGGCAUAUCAAUUGGGAAACUUGGCAUCUAGCCCCUCAUCGUUGCUUGAAAGCAGCCUUGCAAGAAAUUUUCCACUCGAUAAUGGCAAUAAAGAAUUGUAUGAUUAUGGUAGAGUUAUGGCCUAUUUUGUGUGGGGAUCUAUUGCUCUAAUGUUUUUGGUCGUUACCUUGGGUCCGGAAUUUAAUCCCAAUAGGGAAUACGAAUUUAUGGAGUGGAGCGAAGAAGUUAGUACUGACGAAAGUAUGCUUCCACCAACAAAACAAGAAAUAGUUUGA